AUGAGUGAAACAAAAAAAGAACUGCAGCCAGAGUCCGACAACCGGGACCAUGAGGUCGUGGUCGUUGACGACAAUGGCACUGUUGUGAAUGCAUCAGGCUGGAAGGAUGAGUUAGACCGUCAAUAUGGCCUGCUCAGUUUGUGCGGUAUUGCCCUAACAGUCGACAAUGCCGUCAUCAUUAUCUUCUUCUUCAUCCGCGAUGUCCUGACAGUGAUGAACUUAGUCAAUGGCGGGCCUCCCGGUCUUAUUUUCGGACUCAUCGUGGCAAUAGCAUAUUACACUCUAGUUGGUCUCAACCUAGCAGAGGUAACGACUACAUUGAUACAUUCCUUUGCCUCGGCCAUUCCUUCGGCAGGUGGUGUAUAUCACUGGGCUACAGUCACAGGAGGCCCACGCUGGGGAAGGACUCUUGGAUUCUUCGCAGGGUGGAUCAACUUCUUCGGUUGGAUAUUUGAUCUCGCCUCCUUGGUUCAAAUCACAGCCAACUGUGUUGUCCAGAUGUACGCAACAUAUCACCCAGACUUCGUCCAGGGGGCGUGGGAGACUUAUAUUACCUACGUGUUGGUCCUGUGGCUAUGCACUGCAAUCGUUAUCUUUGCAAACCGUCUGCUGCCCUAUAUGCAAUACCUUGGAAUGCUCUUCAUAAUUGUGGGAGGAGUCGUGACCAUCAUCGUUCUUGCUGCUAUGCCCAAGACGCAUGCCUCCUCCCACUUCGUCUGGAAUUCAUUCGGCGAGAACAAUCUCACUGGGUGGUCAGGUGGCGUUUCAUUUCUCUGCGGAGUACUCAAUGGUGCAUUUACCAUUGGAACUCCAGAUGCAAUCACUCAUAUGGCGGAAGAAUUGCCUCAUCCUAGGAGGGAUCUUCCAAAGGCUAUUGGGCUACAGCUUGGCUUAGAUGCCUUUUGCUUUGCCAUCGCUUUGUGCUAUUCGAUCACUGAUUUAAAUGCCCUUCUAUCUGGAGUUAAUAGUUUCCCAAUCGCCACCAUAUACGAGCAGGCUACAAAUAGCUCCGGUGCUACCUUUGGGUUACUCUUCAUUGUUUUCGGGUCAUCUCUGCUGUGCUCUACCAGCACUGUAUUAACCAACUCCCGUAUCUACUGGGCACUUGCACGCGACAAUGCAGUGCCAUUCUCCUCUGUUUUCGGAAAAGUCAAUGAGAGACUGAGCUGCCCCAUUUGGGCAACCUUGCUAUGUGUCAUCUUGGCCACAGGUAUCGGCGCCAUCCCUCUAGGCAGCAGCACCGCAUUCAUCGAUCUAACGGGAUCGUUUAUUAUUCUUACUUCCAUCUCCUACGCGAUCCCCAUUGCAGCCAACAUGGCCACUGGCCGUAACUACCUUCCCAAGGGCUCAUUCAACUUGGGAAGGUCUGCUAUCUUUGUGAACGGUGCGGCUGUUGUAUUGAUUGUCUUUUUCGACAUCUUUUACUGUUUCCCUUAUUCAAUCCCUACGACAACUGCGGCUAUGAAUUACAAUAGUGUCAUCCUCGUAGGAGUCGUCGUUUUGACGGGUAUUUGGUGGGUUCUUUAUGGUCUCAGAAAUUAUGCUGGGCCGCGAUUGACACACUUGUAUUUAGCGUUAGUGGCAACAUGGUGA